UUCUCCCUCUUCUCUCCCCAUUCUUCUUUCCCCCCUUCCCCUUCCAACUGACGGAAUCGACAACCACGCUCUUUCGACCGUAACUACACACCCACUCUCAUUUCAGGACAAUGUUCAAGCAAGUCGCGCUCCUCACCCUUCUGGCCCUCGGUGCCGUCAAGGCCGACUACGACCCCGCUCACCUGCCCGCCAAGACCGACUCGGCGCACGGCCAGUCCGGCUACAACGACUGUGUCUCGCGCUACGGUGCCUCCUCGUCCACGGCCAAGUGCCAGAACAUCUUCCUCAACUCGAUCAAGGACUUCUGCCUCUUUGCUCCCCCCACCACCGAUUCGAUUGGCAACUCUGAGGAGCACGAGGUUGCCUACUGCAUGAAGAGCGGCUACGGAACGCGUCUCAUCCCCGACGGCACCAUCACCGGCGCCCACUUCCUCAAGACGCCCUCCUACGUCCAGAUCACCGGUGUCGGCAAGCUCACCAAGCUCAACAUCGCCAAGGGUGACGAGGGCGGUGAGCUCGACCCCCACGGCGCCACCGGUGCCGGAAACCCAAUCGGCGGUCUCGUCUUUACGCGCGCGUUCACCGGUAACUUCCAGCAGAUUCACGAAUGGCAGAAUUUCAUGUCGGCCUCCGAGUUCUGCUUCCGUGGAUGCAUCGGUACUUACGCAAAGGAGUGGUGCCCUCACAUCUACGAUGUGAUGGGCUGCUACUGGAACGAACCGGCAAACUACAACAAGGGCCAGUUCGAGCAGUGCGACGGCACGGAAGGCCAGUGGCCCGGCGUCUACUCGGGAAGCACGUUCUACCAGGGCCAGAAGCACACGCCUGCCGCGCAGGCUCCCGGCUCGUCGAGCAACUGCCGCCAGUACGCGUCGAUCAGCAACGGCCCCGCCGCCAAGACGCCGUCGAAGCGCCAGGUGAUGGCUACCCAGGUUGCCGCCCGUGACUUUGACUUCGACAUGUAGAGGCUCAAUCACAGCCGUCACACGGACACUUCCUGUCAUAGUCUUCUUUUCUCUGCCCCCUCUCCCUUUAGGUGAACCGCUUACCUUGCAUCCCCGUCAUCAUUUUAUGGGAGCUUGCUUGCUCGUGCAUGGUCAAUUCAGCCAACUUUACAAUUC